AUGACAAUGAGGCCGCUCGUCCUUCUUGCCCUGGCCGCCGUGCUCGCAGCCGGUAUCGGCAGCGCUGAGGGAGCUGGCGAGUGCGCGAGGGCCAUCGCCAGGGUCCCGCAACUGGCUCGGUGCGCCCCGGCGGGGCGCAACCCGCAGUCCGCGCCGACGGCCAUCUGCUGCGUGGCGGUGCGCAAGGUCAGCAUGGCGAGCCCCGAUUGCGUGUGCGCCGUCUUCCUGAACGACGCCUUCAAACUGUUGGGAGUGAAGCCUGAGGUCGCACUCACGAUCCCCAAGCGCUGUGGCAUAGCCGACUGCGGAGAUAACACGUUUCCUUGA